GGCUGGAGCCGGGGCCCGAGCGGCAGCGGAGACAGCAGGAGCCGGCGCGCGAGCUGCAGGUGCCCCGGGAACUCGGAAGCUGAGCCGAGCCAAGAUGCCACCAGAACCUCCGGAGGGGGCCUGGUUUCUGGAGACUCCGAGUCAGCCGUGCGAAAGCCCUUAGGGAGCCCCCCUCACCAGCAGGCACGCUCUUGGCUCCUGGGGGCAGGGGCGCAGGGGCCUGGACGGGCCGGCUGCACUGCAGCUAUGGACCGUGAGCUGGCCCGGCCCGCGCCCUCACUGACUCCGCUCAUCCAUGGCCAUGCCACCAUGGGCUCCUCGGUGUACAUCGUGGUGGAGCUGGCCAUCGCCGUGCUGGCCGUCCUGGGCAACGUGCUCGUGUGCUGGGCCGUGUGGCUGAACAGCAACCUGCAGAACGUCACCAACUUCUUUGUGGUGUCCCUGGCAGCCGCCGACAUCGCCGUGGGGGUCCUCGCCAUCCCCUUCGCUAUCACCAUCAGCAUAGGGUUCUGCGCCGCCUGCCACAGCUGCCUCUUCUUUGCCUGCUUCGUCCUGGUCCUCACGCAGAGCUCCAUCUUCAGCCUCCUGGCCAUCGCCAUUGACCGCUACAUCGCCAUCCGCAUCCCGCUCCGGUACAACGGCUUGGUGACCGGUGCACGGGCCAAGGGCAUCAUUGCCGUCUGCUGGGUGCUGUCCUUUGCCAUCGGCCUGACACCCAUGCUGGGCUGGAACAACUGCAGCCAGCCGAAGGAGGACAGAAACCACUCGGAGGGCUGCCGGGAGGGCCAGGUGGCCUGCCUCUUCGAGGACGUGGUGCCCAUGAACUACAUGGUGUACUACAACUUCUUCGCGUGCGUGCUGGUGCCCCUGCUGCUCAUGCUGGGCAUCUACCUGCGCAUCUUCCUGGCGGCCCGGCGGCAGCUGAAGCAGAUGGAGAGCCAGCCCCUGCCGGGGGAGCGGACCCGGUCCACGCUGCAGAAGGAGGUCCAUGCGGCCAAGUCGCUGGCCAUCAUCGUGGGGCUCUUCGCCCUCUGCUGGCUGCCCCUGCACAUCAUCAACUGCUUCACCUUCUUCUGCCUGCAGUGCAGCCACGCGCCGCCCUGGCUCAUGUACCUGGCCAUCAUCCUCUCCCACUCCAACUCCGUCGUGAACCCCUUCAUUUACGCCUACCGCAUCCGUGAGUUCCGCCAGACCUUCCGGAAGAUCAUUCGCAGCCACAUCCUGAGGCAGCGGGAGCCCUUCAAGGCGGGCGGCACCAGUGCCCGGGCCUUGGCGGCUCACGGCAGCGACGGGGAGCAGAUCAGCCUCCGCCUCAACGGCCACCCUCCCGGGGCGCUGGCCAACGGGAGCGCCCCACGCCCCGAGCGGCAGCCCAAUGGCUGCGCCCUGGGGCUGGUGAGUGGAGGGGGCUCCUGCGAGUUCCAGGGGGACACGGGCCGCCCAGACAUGCAGCUCCUCAGCCACGAGCUCAGGGGAGCAUGCCCAGAGUCCCCCGGCCUCGAGGGCCCGCUGGCCCGGGAUGGAGCGGGAGUAUCCUGAUGAGCCAUGAGCUUGCCCCUUCCAAAGGGAAGAAGUCUUUCUGUCUCUGGUUGGAGGAACCAGCCUCGGUGGGAGCAAGAGUGAAAGUGCCGGGAGACCCUGCUCGUGGCUGGUUCCCACUUUGGACUGAGGAGGGAGCCCCGGCUGGCAUAGCAUGAGGCCCAGCCGGGAGGCGUUGGAGUCCGAGGAAGCAGACGUUCCGGGCUGGGAGACCUGUGUCUGGCCAGGGCCACGGCACCAGAGCAUCUUGGCUGGGCAAGGCCCGGUCCCCACUGGAGAAACAUCCAGAAGUGCCACCUUGUCUUCUGCAGAGCAGCUGAGGCGGAGCAGGCUGGCCGGCCCCGAGGCUGUGGGGAGGCUCCAGCAGGCCCCCGCCACACUCACACCGCCCUCCCCCGACUCUCCCAGGGUUCAGGAGCUGCUUCGCCUGGAGGUAGCAUUUGAUGUAUUUUCCAGGAGAAAUUGUAAGCUUGAGGAUGUCCUUUCUACUGCUGUCCCUCCCUGGCCACAGGGGCUGAUGUGGGUCCCCUGCCAGCCCCAGGAGUCGGCCCAGGGAACCCAGGCAGCCGUCCCACUCUGUGUACUUCUUACCCCUCCAGUUCUGGGCGUCUCCUAGGGCAGCAGGGCUGGGCUUGCGGGGGCAGAGUGGUGAGCGAGCGGCAUGGGAAGGUGGGUUCCCGGGAGGGGGUCCGGGCCAGCCCGCCAGAAGGUGAGCCUGGGUGGCUCAGAGCUGCCCAGACAGGGGCCCUACCUAACUGCCUUUCUUUCUGAAGGGAAUGUUUCUUUUUUCUGAGAUAAAAUAAAAAUCGAGCCAUGUUGUGUUUUAAGCUUG